AUGUUACAAUUGUGCUUGCAUCUUCCGUCAUACCUUACCGCGCUCGCCAUUGUGAGCCUUCUGGUCUCUCUAGUGCUGCCGUUGCGCUCUCUCCCCUGCUGCCGAUGCGCUCUCUCCCCUGUUGCCGAGGCGCUCUCUCCCCCCGUGCCGUUGCUCUCUCUCCCACCGUGCCAAUGCACUCUCUCCGCCCGUGCCGUUGCGCUCUCUCCCCCCCGUGUCAAUGCGCUCUCUCCCCCCGUGCCGUUGCACUCUCUCCCCCCGUGUCAAUGCACUCUCUCCCCCCGUGCCGUUGCUCUCUCUCCCCACGUGUCAAUGCGCUCUCUCCCCCCAUGCCGUUGCGCUCUCUCCCCUGCUGCCGAUGCGCUCUCUCCGCCCGUGUCGUUGCGCUCUCUCCCCCCGUGCCAUUGCGCUCUCUCCCCUGCUGCCGAUGCGCUCUCUCCGCCCGUGCCGUUGCGCUCUCUCCCCCUGUGCCCUUGCGCUCUCUCCCUCCGUGCCGUUGCUCUCUCUCCCACCGUGUCAAUGCGCUCUCUUCCCCCGUGCCGUUGCGCUCUCUCCCCUGCUGCCGAUGCGCUCUCUCCACCCGUGCCGUUGCGCUCUCUCCCCUCGUGCCCUUGCACUCUCUCCCUCCGUGCCGUUGCUCUCUCCCCCACUGUGUCAAUGCGCUCUCUCCCCCCGUGCCGUUGCGCUCUCUCCCCUGCUGCCUAUGCGCUCUCUCCGCCCGUGCCGUUGCGCUCUCUCCCCUCGUGCCCUUGCGCUCUCUCCCUCCGUGCCGUUGCUCUCUCUCCCACCGUGUCAAUGCGCUCUCUCCCCCCAUGCCGUUGCGCUCUCUACCCUGCUGCCGAUGCGCUCUCUCCCCCCGUGCCUUUGCGCUCUCCCCCCCCCGUGCCUUUGCGCUCUCUCCCCCCGUGUCAAUGUGCUCUCUCCCCCCGUCCCGUUGCGCUCUCUCCCCCCGUGCCCUUGCGCUCUCUCCCCCCGUGCCGUUGCGCUCUCUCCCCCCGUGCCUUUGCGCUCUCUCCCCCCGGAUCCUGUUGCUCUCACUCCCCUGCUGCCAUUAAUCUCACUCCCCUGCUGCCGUUUCUCUCUCUCCCCGGCUGCCGAUGCUCUCUCUCCCCUGCUGCCGUUGCUCUCACUCCCCUGCUGCUGUUGCUCUCACAUCCCCCUCUCCCGUUGCUCUCACUCCCCUGCUGCCGUUGCUCUCACUCCCCUGCUGCCGUUGCUCUCACUCCCUUGCUGCCGUUGCUCUCACUCCCCUGCUGCCGUUGCUCUCACUCCCCUGCUGCCGUUGCUCUCACUCCCCCACGGAUGGACAAGUAG